GCUCAAUGUGAAGCAAGGUCUCGGCGGCCCCAGCAGCGGGCCUGCCUGUUCUCAGUUCUCGGAAUCGGGUUUUCGUCAAAGAGAAUCGCAUCUACAAAUUACGGCGCAGCCCAGGCCGUCUGGUUCCGUCGAGAAAUGCUGCGAUAACGCGACAACCUCGCCGCCUUUUCAAGAAACACCACCGCCACCAUCAUGCCCUUUGUCGCCAACACGCCCGAAUCCUUCAUCGGCCGCUCCGACUCCCUCAACCCAAACGCGACAUGUCGAGGCAUCACCUCCAACGGUCGGGCCUGUCGCCGCCCGAUUACUGCUGCGGAAUCAGCUUCCCCCAAAUCCAAGCGACGACCGUUGACUCCCGACCCGAGCGACGAGAACCUGUACUGCUGGCAGCACAAGGAACAGGCGAGCCUCUCUGCGCAUUCUAGCCCCGGGCCGAGAGGAACAGCGACGCCCAAUUUAGAAGGCCGCACGAGCAUCGAUACGCUGGCGGAUCGCCUCGGACUGGUGGACCUACAGGACAAGCCCAAGAGGAAGACCGGCCAGGCGAGGCCGGCAAAUGGAAGCGCUGGAGGAGGAUACAAGCCAGCCAAGACGACGCGACCGAAGCCGGCGAAGAAGCUCCAUUUCUGCUUCUGCUUCUCGGUACCGCUGGAGGAAAUCCCUGAGAAUCGCCCCCCAAGACCACAACCGCGGCCGAUGCAGCGAACGUCGAUCCCGGUACCGGCUUCAAGACGGAGCUCGAUGCCACAGGCCACCUCCAAACCCCCUCGUCAGCGCGUAGAUGGAUCAACGGCAUCGUCAGGGAGAAACUCGCACCAACCCAAAAAGUCCUCUCAAACUGGGCAGGUCAAAGAUUUGAUCCCGGACUCGCUGGAUACGCCCACCGCCUCGGCCUUGAUGACAGAGGUCGCGCGGCCCUUUCUCAACUCGGAAGAACCAGGCUUCAUAUACAUGUUCUGGCUUACACCCGUGUCCGACUCUGCUCCGCCCGUGGACGCAGCACGGUCUCUCCUCGCACCACCUUCGCCCGCGGGUGGCACCCGUUCACGACGACCCAGCGAUGUCGUGUCCCGGUUCGCCAACCAGAGCAGCGCCACCAAGGACAAGGCCAUGGUGCUCAAGAUCGGCCGCGCGGCCAACGUCCAGCGACGCAUGAACCAGUGGCAGCGCCAGUGCGGCUACGAUAUUGAGAUGCUGCGUUACUAUCCGUACCUGCCAGGCGCCAGCGAGUCGUCCGGCGUCGUUCCUCACAUGACGCCCCACUGUCACCGCGUCGAGCGCCUGGUUCAUAUCGAGCUUGCGGGGAUGGGGUUGCGGGCGAACAAGGACAACUGUGAGGCCUGUGGAAGAGACCAUCGUGAGUGGUUUGAAGUCGAAGCGACCCGGGAUGGUGUCCGGAAGGUGGACGAGGUGAUACGACGGUGGGUGGAGUGGGACGAAGCAAAUUCUUCCUAACAGAGUAGCUUGCUCACCACCAUGAAUGCCAAUCACGGAGCAUUUAUGUUAUGAUCUUAGAUGAAUACCAGAGCAUGAAUAAUGAGGCCUAGCUCAGCUUUAGCAGUUAUCAGAAUCGUCAAACUUUGCCUCAA